GACGGAAAUCUUCAUACUCACCGCUGUGAGAACCUCAAGUCUUACAUUCUUCCUACUUGUUAGCACAAAUACAAGUAGUUGGAUUCUCUUCGAACUGCAUGCCAUUAGCAGUAAUCUCUUCACACACUUUGUCUUGCAGGUAUCAACCAGCUCCUUUGGCAUCAUUCAGAGCUUACCAUGAGGCAUGCCAGAGUGCAUUGCAAAACAUUUAUCACCAGAACAACACGAGAGAUGUUAAAACUUAUGUUCAGUUAAAUAAGCUUCAGCAAAAUUGGAUUGAGACAGCUGGAUUAUGCAACUUUUGUGGAUAUAUUUUCAGUGUAAGAAGUCAAUUAGCAACUCAUCUGUCAAUGAGGCAUUCCAUUAGAGUACUUCACUGUGAAAUUUGUGAUGGAAUAUUCUGUGAAAAUAAAACUCAGUUCAUCAAACAUAUGGAGAACCACAGAGACCAAUUUAAAACAAUAUUUAUGUCAGAAUCCAGGUCUGCAGUUGUGUUUGCAGAGAGAAGUGACUAUCGUAUGAGAACAAAAUGUGCUAGUUUUCCUUGUGCAACUUGUUGUAGUGUAUUCAUGAGUAAAGCGGAAAUGAUCAAACACAUGAGGCAUGACCAUGAAGUGAUCGGCAUGUCUGAAAUCUUGGAUAAUGGAAGUGGUCAAAAUUUGAAUAGGGAGUUGGAAAGUUGUUUACAAAAGAUGAAUGACAAAUUUUCAUGCAGUACAUGUGGUGAAGUUUUUACAACAAAGAUUGAUGUGGAGAGACAUAGGAAGAGCAUGCAUUUGUUUGGAGUGUUAAAAGACAGGUCUGAGAGCUCUAGGGGAAGUGAAAUAUUAUGGCGGGCAUCAGAAUCAAAUUCUGAUAUAGAUCCUAACUUGUCAUCAAAAUUAACAUUUAGUAAGUGUGUGAAAUCUUUUAGAAGGAAAUCUGAUGCCGUAAGACAAAGUGAACAUUUACACUUUGUUAGAGAAAACUGUAAUGAUAUUGUGGGAGUUGGUGAGAACAUAGAAUCAGACUUUGCAAGGAUAUCCAUGGUUACAAAUAAAGAAAUAACCUGUAGGAUAUGUGGAAGGAUGUUUACCAGGAAGGCUGAUAUGAAAAGACACGUUAAAAAUGUACAUAAUUUUCAGCAAGAUGAUGGAAAAAUAAGUGAGAGACAUCUGGGUGACAGUAGGAACAGCACUUUGGUCAAAACAAAAGAUAUAUCAUCUGAUACCAGAAAUAAUAGUAAAAGGGAAGAUAACAGAACUGAUGACACUGUAUCACAUGCAAAAAUUAAAGUUGAUGGGAAGAUUUAUUUCCACUGUCAAGUCUGCAGUAAGAAUCUAUUCCGUAGGUGCACGUAUGUUAGACAUAUGCGUAUACAUACAGGUGAAAAACCUUUUACUUGUCAUGUUUGUGGCAAACAGUUCCGAGCUGAACCCCAGAUUCAACGGCAUGUAAGAGAGGUUCAUGAACGUGUCAAAGAGCAUGCUUGCCCAAUAUGUGGAAGAAAGUUUGCCAACACUCGCACAAGAAAUGAUCAUGUGACUGUUCAUACAGGAGAACGUCGUUUAGUAUGCCAUCUAUGUGGCAAGAGAUUUAAGACGCGUGCAACAUUUCACACACAUAAGAGGUCACAUACAGAUUUAUUCCCACAUAAGUGCACUCAUUGUGGCAAGUCGUUCAGGCGGCAAUAUGUGUGCACAAAGCACAUGAUGAUUCAUACAGGUGAACGUCCCCACGCAUGUGACAUAUGUGGAAAGCGUUUCCGAUAUCACAAUGCCAUGAUCAGACACAAAUUGGUUCAUUCAGAUUACAAAGCAUUCAAGUGUGCCAUGUGUCAUCUUAGUUUUAGGCAAGAAAGGUACUUGAAGAACCAUAACAUGAAAAAACACAAAGUCUCUCAGCUGGAAGCUAGUAAAGAAGUGCACACAGAGGGGAUAGAAAAUACAAAUUAGUUUCUUCCGUAAUCAUGGUUGCACUUGUAAUAGUAUAAAUAAAGUUGUAAAUCUCGAUUUACCUACGCCUAGGAAUUAUAGUAUUGUUUUUUCAGGUGCUACAUAGGAUGUAUGAAUAAGAUUGCUUAUCUUACUAUUUUCUAUUUACAUAAACUUCCUCUGAAUAAGUAGCAUUGUUUAACAGCAGUAUGGCUGCUGUGCAUGAUGAAUGAUAAUUUUUUAUUGGUAAUGUAUUGGAUGAUUGUAUGAAUGAAUAUCUACUGACAUGUUAUAAAAAUCAUAUUUCCUGUAAGUUUUUUUUGCAGUGUCAUCCUGUAAAUUGUAAGUAGUGUUGCAAAGUGAAGGUAUUGUAGACAAUGAUGUAUUGAAUAAAGGAUGAUGCCAAUUAUA